AUGGCAACAGCAUCAUGUUUACAGAUUUAUAUACUCAUCUUGUCGGAACUGAAGAUAGAUCCUAUCACGAAAUUAUUGGAAACGGCUUUGCCUUGUUUUAUCUUUGCAUUAACUUAUUUCAACUUUUUAUCGAAAAUAAAGGAACUUCUUUUUCGUAUUAAAUCCGAUUGGAAUAAUAUGACGAACAAGUCUGAAUUGAUGAUAUUAAAAACAUAUGCUAAUUCAAGCAGAAUGUGUACAAUAAUAAACGCAAUUGCUUUUUAUGUGUAUAUUACGAUUCUAAUGCUACCAUCCGUGAUACAUGUUAUUUUAUAUAUCUUUGGUGUACUGGAUGAAACCGAAUUAAUAUUACCAAUCUCUGUUGAUUACUUUUUGAAAGAUCAAGCGAAUUUCUAUUUCGCACUAUUCUACGAAUACGCAUGCUUAAUCGUCUUAAGCACGAUUGGAAUAACACAUUGUUCUAUAUUCGUUUCAUUUAUACAGCAUACCUGCGCUCUUUUCAAUAUCGUCGCAUGGAAGAUAGAGAAAGGACAUAAAAGGAAUUCGCAUAAUUUCUAUCGUACAUACAAUUUUAUCAAUUAUAAGGAAGAGUAUGAGUGGAUUAUCGAUAUCAUAAAAUCCUACGACAAUGUCAUCGAGUUUGUAACGAAUUUCACAAAACUGUUCGUCGAUUUUGUAAAACUUUAUCAUGGGAAAAUUUGUCUUUUCGAGGCGAUAUUCACAAUGCUUUUGAUUAUCUUAAAUUAUAUUUACUUAUUUCAGAUUCUUUCCUUUACUAUUAAUAUAAGCGAAGUAUUACAAAAGACUAAUUAUAUCUUUGGAUCUAUGUGCCAAAUUCCAUUUUACACGUUAUCUUUGAAAACGCAAAAAAUUUUACUAUUUAUGAUAAUGAAGAGCAUGAUGCCAUGCAAUCUUUCUAUUAAAGGAGUGAUCGUAUUAUCCCAUUAUCUUUUUGGCACGAAUAUUAACGAAAUGAUCGUUGGGCAUAAUUCAUGUGAAUAA